AUGAGACAGCCUAUAGGGAGGAGGUCAGAGACCUGGCUGUGUGGUGCUAACAACCUAUCUCUCAAAGUUAUGAAGACAAGGGAGAUGAUUGUGGACUACAGGAAAAGGAGGACAGAGCACACACCCAUUCUCAUUAACGGGGCUGUAGUGGAGCAGGUUGAGAGCUUCAAGUUCCUUGAUGUCCACAUCACCAACAAACUAACAUGGUCCAAACACACAAAGACAGUCGUGAUGAGAGCACGACAAAGACUAUUCCCCCUCAGGAGUCUGAAAAGAUUUGGCAUAGGUCCUCAGAUCCUCAAAAAGUUCUACAACUGCACCAUCGAGAGCUGGUUGCAUCGCUGCCUGGUCUAUACAAGAUAUGGAAAAUGCUACACUUUCAAUGGGAACAAGUCGACAUCCAGGAAAACCAAGCAAGGUGGAAUGGGAAAUGGGCUGGAGAUAAUGUUGGAUAUUCAACAGGAUGAGUAUCUUCCCAUCUGGAAAGAGACAAAUGAGACGUCGUUAGAGGCAGGGAUCCGCGUGCAGAUCCACAGCCAGGAUGAGCCUCCCUACAUCCACCAGCUGGGCUUCGGAGUCUCCCCGGGAUUCCAGACCUUUGUUUCAUGUCAGGAACAAAGGCUGACCUACCUGCCCCAGCCCUGGGGGAACUGCCGCUCCACCAGCGACCAGAUGAUCCCGGGAUACGACACCUACAGCAUCAGUGCCUGCCGCCUGCGCUGCGAGACCAGGGAGGUGCUCCGGGAAUGCAACUGCAGGAUGGUACACAUGCCUGGAACUGCUGAUAUCUGCACUCCCAGUAACAUCAAGUGUGUCGACAAGGCGCUUGCCCUUCUCCAGAAGAGCACUGGGGACAGCUGUCCCUGUGAGACACCAUGUAACCUGACCCGCUACGGCAAGGAGCUCUCCAUGGUCAAGAUCCCCAGCAAGGGCUCCGCUCGCUACCUGUCCAGGAAGUACGACAAGUCUGAGGAGUAUAUCAGAGACAACUUUCUGGUGUUGGAUAUCUUCUUUGAGGCUCUUAACUAUGAAACAAUUGAACAAAAGAAAGCGUACGACGUUGCAGGUUUACUAGGUGACAUUGGAGGCCAGAUGGGCUUGUUCAUUGGAGCCAGUAUUUUGUCCAUUUUAGAAAUAUUGGAUUAUGUUUACGAGGUGAUAAAGCACAGGCUGCAGCGUCUGCUGAGGCCACAGAAGGAUGAGAAGAAACAACAAACGACCACUGUUGCCACUGUGGAUCUGCAAGAUGUGAAAGCCAAUAAGGAUUACAUCCCCCCAGAGGCAACUUCAAUUCCCAGGUCCCUCUCUCAUGAGGAACAAAUUUACUCCUUGAGUCCAUAUAAAAUCAUCCAAAAUCAUCAAUUUUCCAUAGACGUAAAAAAAUUAUCUACAUGAAAUAUCUACCAUUACAUCAAAGGUAUUAUCAUUUUGGUUUAUUCAAAAGCAAUAUUGUUUGGUUUAUUGAGCCAACACACUGUACAUAAUUUAGGGUUGGUUUUCCAGACAAAGAUUUAACCUAGCCCAAGACUAAAAAGCUUGCUCAAUGGAGAAUCUCCAUUGAACGUGCUUCUUCGUUCAAGACAAAUCUUAAUCUGUGUCUGGGAAACUGACCCAUUUAGUAUAUCUUAUUACAUUGUGGUCUUUGUGGCAACCAGGAGUCCAGUGACAUGACCAGAAGUCACCCAGAAGGAGCCUACGCCAAUACGAUUCUACCGAAUCACCAUCUCCCCCACCACCAAGGACAGCCACAUGGAGUGUUUGAGGACUUUGCCUGCUAGACCCAGUGGCCAUCUUUCCACCCUGAUGACAAUAAAAUGACAUUAAAAUAUGUCCUCUCAGACCCUGGGACCUCAGUUCUAUACCUUUCUUGCUGUCACCAGUGGAAAAAGCUACAGCCAAAGUCGAACACCAAACCUGUGCUGCUAAUAGACCACUUGUAUGUAAGCACAGAUUGGACCCCACAGUACUGUCCGGCUGGAGACGCCCACCUUCGAUCCCUAUUCUGGUUAUUUUGGUACAUGGUCACCACAUGGGAACAAGACAAGGACUGCAUGUCAUCUUGAGCCAUCUUGAUAUACUCACCUCCAAUAUCUUGAUGUAUGUACCACUCUUAAUCUUGUUUCCACCAAACUAUUUGUCAAUAAGUUCUCACUUACUAUUUUGAAUCAUAUCAUUGUAAAUGAUGUAAUUAUUUACUGAGAUAUUAUAAUUUCCCCUUUAUAUUGUAUACAAGAUGAGACUCGAUAAGACAAGUGGUCAUAUUCAAUCUAACCAUUAUAUAGAGAUAUCAGCAAACAAAAUCAGAGAAGAUAUUACACUGAUCUUUUAGCGAGUUAAACCCCUACUACACUUACUUUGAUGAUAGGGCCCGUACUAUAUACACACACUGUGUCUUGUUUAUAGUAAAGGUGUGUUAGAGUUUAGUAUUAUAUAUGUACUGUACAUGGUUCCAACCUGAGUACAAAGAGAAAGCACUGUUUUAAAUGGAUAAUGAUUCAUUUAAUAUAUAACUAAUACAAAUGUUGGUAAUUUAUUGAUAUAUUUUAGAGAAUAUUAUUUUUUAAAUAAUAUGAUUGUAGCUUCUUCUUGCUUAUUAGUGAAACCAGUCGGAAAGGUGAUGAUUGGAAUUGCAUUGCUCCAGGCAAUUCAUAUAUUUUUCAGAUUUACUGACUUGGGUAAAGGUGAAGUUCUUACAGCAAUUAUGGCGUCCAAAUUAGGACAGCACUCAAAGGUAAUGAAUAACAACAAGCGUGACAUGGAUGAAUCAUUUGGGCCCUUCUGCAAAUGCUGUGGUCAUUUCAAUGACAAAGUCCCCAUUAAGGUUGCUUAAGGUUAUAUAUUCUAUAACAGAUGUGUGACACAAGUUAAUGCUCCCACAGUUUAAAGCCAAAGCAACAAAUGAGAGGGUGAAUUUUUUUGGAACCAAACAAACAACCAUUCCCUUUCACUAUAUGCCAGUCCUGUGGGGAACAGUUUGUAGUUCGGCACACAUUUGCGUGUGGGAACUAUAACACACAUCGUUGAACACAUUCAACAGACUGUAGUACCUGAUCUCCUCCAUUUAAAGAAAGAGCCAGAAUAUUAUUUUCCCAAAAUCCCUGUUGGAAGUAAACUGACUUCCAAAAUAAUUGUUUUAUGUCUCCAAGCACACUCUCUUGGCUUAAAUAGUGAAUUUGAUAAAGAAAAAGCUGAUCUAGGACUAAACUGCUGUCAACUCUCCUAAGUGAAACAGUCUCCGUGAAAGACCUAUCAAAGACCUUUGAGUACUAUCUGACAAUCCACUGUGGGUUUAAGACCUCCACCAUUUUGUUGGAUUUUGCUGGGUUAUUUAUUUUUACCUCGCAUUACAGCGUAUAUGAUCACAUAAAUAGAUGUCAAGAUGUUAUCAACUAUUUCUUAAUCAUUUGGUUUGUGAUCUUAAUAUUGGUAACCAUACUGUAGUCGAGUGCUCCGAGCUGUGCUUUGUUAGACAAGUCCACAAUGAAAUUACACAUUCAUCAGCGUAGAGAAUCCACUGUUGCCCAUGUCAAGUAAUCAUGGCUUUUAAACAUGGCUUUUAAGUAUUCAUAAUCAUGUGUCACUAUGACAUUUUCAAAGGUUCCCAAUCACAGUCUCUGAUGGCAUCCUGUACUGGCUCUGCAUACAAACUUUCUCCUCGGUCAUCACUAACACUAUCCUCUCCACUAAAGACAGGCCACACACACAGAUGAGAUGCUGUACAAGGGUGAAUGUGGGGUCAAAACGCAAUCUUGACAUCACUUGUUACAGUUAUCUAUAGGCGGUCAAGUAUUUAUAGAUCCAGAAACGCCUAACCAGUCUGUCUCUACAGCGAAAUGUAUUUGCUAUGUGUAUAGCAUACAUGUACGGCCUGUCUGAGAAUGUGUCCAUGGAAUUCAGAAAGAAUUUGGUAUGUAAUAUUACAACUAGUAUGGGCAAAUUACAACAACACCUGUGCAUAUUACUGUGGAACUAAAUGGUUGCUGUAGAUCUGACCUUGCCGGAUUCCCCCCUUGACAACAAUCUGAACAUUUUACAAUUUCUAAAUUUGCCACUCUGCUUGUUCUUUCACUUCAUUUCUCUACUCUGCUUGUUCAGUUCCACAAUUUUCUGUUUCGCAAAUACUGUUUGCAUAUUGUAUAUUCACACAAUCAAAAUCAAGUUCUCAGUAAUAAGUUUGUGUUUUGCGACUUGGUCUCAUCAUGAUCUGAAUGUUCCAUAUAUGACAGAAAUCGGUCAUAGAGUGAGAUGGCAAUGAAGCAUGCAUCGUUACACUGUUGAGGGUUCAAGAAUGGAUCAGAGCAAUUCUAUUAAACAGUAUGGCAUCAAUGGAAAUUCUAUAAGAUUCACAGGAAAACGCUGAAUACAUUUUGUACAGAAGUCUGCUAUUGUGACUGUUUCUUCUGUUGGAACACAUUUUAUAAAUGUUAUGGUAAGUACAAAUAUUAA